AUGGGCGCUUCGCAGUCGACCGGCGCGGAGGAGCAGAGUGGCGACAUCAAGACCAGCUAUUACGAGCUGCUUAGCCUGGAGAGGAGUGCGACGCAGGACGAAAUCAAGAAAGCGUACCGCAGGAAAGCGCUCGAACUACACCCCGACCGCAACUAUGGCGACGUCGAGCGUGCGACCGCCCUCUUCGCCGAUGUCCAGCACGCAUAUCAAGUCCUGUCAGACGAGCAGGAGCGCGCCUGGUACGAUGCGCACGAGGCUGAUAUCCUGCGCGGCGGGACGGGCGAGGGCAAGGGCGAGGACCAGUACCAGGGCAGCAUGAAGGUCACCACGCCGGAGGAGCUCACGCGGAUGAUGGGUCGGUUUAGGAGCAAUGUGCAGUACACGGACGCGCCCACUGGCUUCUUUGGCUUCGUGCGGGACACGUUUGAGCAGCUCGCAAAGGAGGAGCAGUACGCCGCCGACUGGGAGGACGUCAGCAUCCCGAGCUACCCCUCGUUCGGCCACAAGGACGACGACUACGAGGGCGUGGUGCGCGACUUCUACGCGGCGUGGGACGGCUUUGCGUCGGCCAAGAGCUUUGCGUGGCUGGACGUGUACCGCCUGUCAGACGCGCCCGACCGCUACACGCGCCGGCUUGCAGAGAAGGAGAACAAAAAGCACCGCGACGACGGGCGGAGGGAAUUCAACGACGCUGUCCGGACGCUGGUGGCCUUUGUCCGCAAGCGCGACCCCCGCUACACGCCCGACACACGCUCGGCCGAGGACAAGGCCAAGGCACAGCGAGAGCUCCGGAAAGCGCAAGCCGCCAGGGCCCGGGCCGAGCUGAACGCCAAGCUGGAGCGCGAGGUGCAGGAGCUGCCGAGCUGGGCGACCGAGCGGCCGGCGAGCGAGCUGGAGGAGUCGGAGGAGGAGAUUGAGGAGGAGCAUUUUGAGUGCGUGGCGUGCAACAAGACGUUUAAGAGCGAGCGCCAGUACGAAGCACACGAGAAGAGCAAGAAGCACCAGAAAGCGCUGAAGGAUUUGAAGAGGAAGAUGCAGAAGGACAAUGCACAUCUCGAUCUGGAUGUGGAUGUGGAUUCGGGGGUGACGCCAGAGCCGGACUACGUAUUGAUGGAGGAUGAGAUCACAGCAAAAGCAGCAGACCUGGAGUUGGAUGACCCAGAUAGCGAGGUCGACGUCAAAGACACAGCCACAAAGCCUGAAAGCGAGGUCGAUAUCAAUUACACAAAGCCUGAAAGCGAGGUCGAGUUCAAGGACACGGCCAGCACUAUCAAGCCUGAAGACGAAACCGACGACGACUAUGCACCGCGCUCUGACAAGCGCGCGAAGAAGGCCGCCAAGCAGACCGAGACGGAGCAGGCAGCGAGCGACAACAAGUGCAGCGGGUGCGAUGCGUCGUUCCCGUCAAAAACGCGGUUGCACGACCAUCUGAAGAAGAAUCCAGGGCACGCGGCGCUGAAGACGGAGACUGGGAAAAAGCGGGGAAAGAAGAGGUGA